CACUGACAGCAACAAGACUUGUAGCUGUAACAUACUUAAAAACACUUUGGGAAUAUUCAACCGUGAGCAGAAAAAAAAUAUCUCAUCAUGUGCAGAGGACUUGAAUCACUGCCCAUCACCUGCCUGGAGAGGGCAAAGGAGCUGAAAGCUUUGUUUGGAAGUUUACUCCAGAAGUCAGAUCACAGCAUCGCUUGCACUGGACAGACAAAGAAAUGUGACAAACUGAGGUGUAUCAAUGAGCCUUUGAAGUGGAAGGAGUCGUUUGAGAAACUGCUCUCCAGCCAAAAUGGGCUGUGCCUGUUCAGAGCGUUCCUCGUCAGUGAGUUCAGUGAGGAAAACAUCGCCUUUUACUUGGCCUGCGAGGACUACAGGGCCACUAAACCCUCAAAGCUGGCCACUAAAGCAAAGAAAAUUUAUGAUGAAUUCAUUGGAUCUGAUGCACCACGAGAGGUAAAUCUAGACCAUGUGACCAAAGCCAUCAUCAAGGAGAACACAGAGCAUCCCAGUCAGUCCUCUUUUGAUCUGGCCCAAUCCAAAAUCUAUACCCUGAUGGAGAAGGACUGCUACCCUCGCUUCCUCAAGUCCUCCAUGUACCUGGAGCUCAGUAGAAAGACCAGAGCAUCCUAAAAGACUUUCUUCCUCUGACAAACUUUCCUGUGAGCUGCAGACGAGACGUGAUCACUCCUCAAAAGGCACAUAAGAUUUCUGAUGCACAGCGGAGACUGUAAAGGUUUCGGAUUGGAAUGAAUUCCUAAGUCCGAGGAGUUUCAUUCAUGUGGAGUUAUUUCAGAGACAUGGGGGUCGAGCUGGGGUCCGAGCUGACAGCUACAGAACAAUGACGCUGUGAGAAAAGACUGAGCUGCAGAUGUCUGACUCCGAAAGAAACACAUGUGCUGUAUAUACAUGAACAGCAGCUUCAGUGGCAUGAAGUAUGACUGACAAGAAUGAAUUUCACACAACUAAAACUACCACUAGGAGAGAUGCACAUCCUCUCCAUAGCAUUAAUUUGUUCGUUUAUUUAUUCUUUAUUUAUUAAAAGUUCAUUUUUAUCAUGUGAAUGUUUGCCGUGCAGCUGGUCGGUGAAAACUGAUUUGAAUUGAAUAUGUUUUUAUCAUAAGUACUGUAUGUGAAACUUGAAUAAAAUAAU